CAAUUAAUUAGCAUGCACCUCCCAGAAGUGAGAGGAUGACUGUUGAUCAGGACUGGAGCAGUGUUUAUCCAACAGCAGCUGCGUUUAAACCUGCCUCUGUGCCUCUCCCAAUUCGAAUGGGUUACCCAGUGAAGAGAGGAGUACCUCCACCAAAAGAAGGCAACUUGGAACUUAUAAAGAUUCCCAAUUUUUUGCAUCUUACUCCUCCUGCAAUUAAGAAACACUGUGCAGCUCUUAAAGAUUUCUGCACUGAAUGGCCAAGUGCUUUGGACAGUGAUGAGAAAUGUGAACAGCAUUUUCCUAUUGAAAUUGAAACAGUAGAUUAUGUUUCUGCAGGGACAUCUAUUCGUAAUCCCAAAGCAAGAGUGGUGACUUUAAGAGUUAAACUUUCUAACCUGAAUUUGGAUGACCAUGCAAAGAAGAAGCUCAUUAAACUUGUAGGAGAGCGGUACUGUAAGGAUACAGAUAUGCUCACAAUUACAACAGACAGGUGUCCGCUUAGAAGACAGAACUAUGAUUAUGGCGUACACCUCCUCACAGUAUUGUACCAUGAAUCUUGGAAAACUGAGAUGUGGGAGAGCGAGAAGAGUGAGGAAGACAUGGAAGAGUAUAUCUGGGAAAACAGCUGCUCUCAGAAAAAUGCCUUGGAUACACUACUUCGAAUAAAAGCCUCAGAGAAUGUCAGUAAUGUAACUAAGGAAGAGCUUCUUGCAUCUGAAGUGGUUCAGAAUUACAGAAACUCUGUAAUUGCACUUAAAAAUGAAGGUGAAACAGAAAAUAACAUGUCCCAGUAUAAGGAAUCUGUGAAGAAACUAUUGAAUAUACAAGCAUUACCAUGAGAGCAGAUUCUGCAGGUACAUCUGAUUAUUACAGAAAUAUUAAACUACUAUGUUAAUAUUUCUAUAUGAUAUGGAUAUAUAAUUAUUCAGAACCUUAACCAAAAAUAUGAAACUUGA